GUGUUUUUGUCUUGUUUAUUUACCUCCGAACUGAAGAUUAUUUCUGAUAUCCCAGUAAAAAAUCAAUUUUUAUUGAAUUUGUGUGAAAAAUAGUUGAAAAUUAAUCAUGAAACCCUCAUCUGGUAAAGGCGCAAACAUGCACGUUCCGAAGAAACUAACCGAGCGGCAAAAGAUCGAACGGAAAGAGAUGAAACGGAAGAAAAAGCAGGACCGUCUGCUGAAACGAGUACAGCGUGAAUUUGAACAAGUCGAACGCGAUAAAGCCGCUGAAGUUGAGGUCAAGGUAGAAGCGGUUCCGGCAGCGGAACUAGUUUCUACUCUGAGCAUUGCCGUCCCUGGCUCGAUACUGGACAAUGCCCAGUCGCCGGAACUGCGUACGUACCUGGCGGGGCAGAUCGCCAGGGCCGCUUGCAUCUUCCAGGUAGACGAAGUGGUGGUCUUUGACGAUUGCGGAACCGGCAAUCAGGCGACGGAAAAAUUGGGAACUGUCGAUACGUCCGAGGGAAGCACAUCGGCCCGUCGCUGCUGCGUCCAGUUGGCUCGGAUACUGCAAUAUCUCGAGUGCCCUCAAUAUUUGAGGAAAUUUUUCUUCCCAAUCCACAACGACCUCAAAUUUUGUGGUUUGCUCAGUCCGCUCGAUUCCCAGCACCAUUUGCGCCAAGCGAGUGAAUUCCAGUUUCGUGAGGGAAUCGUUACUAACAAACCGACCAAAAACGAUAAAUCCUCCUUCGUGAACGUGGGCUUGCUGAACGACGUCCUGGUAGAUACACAUCUGGACCCGGGAGUGCGAGUCACGGUGAAAAUGCCACCGGGGGUGGAUCUGAAAUCGAAGAAGAUCCGAGCAAAAGUUGUACCUCCGGCGCAGCCACGCCAGGAAACCGGAAUCUACUGGGGUUACACCGUGAGGAUUGCCAAUUCCCUGUCACAGGUGUUCACCAAGAGUCCCUACAAGGGUGGAUAUGACAUGACGAUCGGUACAUCCGACACGGGUACCAACGUCCAAGAACUGGAACCGCAAAGCCUUAAGUACAAACACGCCCUCGUGGUAUUUGGGGGAGUGCUGGGUCUGGAACCGGCUCUGGACAACGACAACAAGCUCAACGUCGACAGCGUCGAGCAGUUGUUUGACCAAUAUUUGAACACGGUUCCACGUCAGGGAUCGAGAACCGUUCGAACGGAGGAAGCCAUUCUGAUCUCGUUGGCAGCCCUGGGAGAGAAGCUUGAUCCGACGGUCAAGCCGAAGGAAUUCACCAGUUUUGAAGCGAUUCCUCAAAGCCAGGAUACCGGAAUUCAGCAAUAUGCUUUCAACGAGAAGAAACGGAAGCAACCGCCGCCAGUCGUAGAAUCAGUUACGCUGCCAGAACCACCGCAAAAUGUGGAAGCCACAUCGGCGUCUGAUGAUGAUAUGUCCAGGUUUGAUUGAAUCCAAUGAGUAAGUACACAGAAUUUCAAAUUUCUAUAUUAUUCAA